AUGAGGGACUUCGCUACACGCAAGUCUCUGCAGGACGGUCUCACACUAUGUUGAUCCGAAGUGACGGAAGCGCUGUUGCAUGCGGAGGAGAAGACCCAGAGCGUGCAGAACAGUGCAACAUUCCAGCUUUGGAUGAGGGGCUUCGCUAUGCCCAAGUCUCUGCAGGACGGUCUCACACUGUGUUGAUCCGAAGUGACGGAAGCGCUGUUGCAUGCGGAGGAGAAGAUCCAGAGCAUGCAGAACAAUGCAACAGUCCAGCAUCGGAUACGGACAUUUGCAACACCCAAGGCUAUGCAGGAAGGCGUAAUACAGUGCUGAUCCGAAGCGAUGGAAGCGCUCCUGUUUGUGGAGAAACAGGGGAAUGCGACAUUCCACCCUUGGAGGAGGGAAUUACCUACACACAGGCUGCAGCAUCGAACCACACAGUACUUCUCCGAAGUGAUGGCCGCGCUGUUGCUUGUGGGGUCAAUGACUUGGGCCAAUGCGACAUUCCGGCUUUGAAUGAGGGAAUUCGCUACACCCAGGUGUCCGCAGGAGGGGUCCAUACAGUGCUUCUCCGAAGCGAUGGCCGGGCUGUUGCUUGCGGAGGAAAUAGGUUUGGACAAUGCAACAUUCCAGCGUUGGAUGAUCGAAUGUCCUACACCCAGAUUUCCGCAGGAGAGACUCAUACAGUGCUUCUGCGAAGUGAUGGAAAGGCAGUUGCUUGUGGAGGAAGACUCUGCGGACAAUGCAACCUUCCAGCAUUGGAUGAAGGACUGUCCUACACGCAGAUUUCUGCCGGAUCGCGCCAUACAGUGCUACUCCGAAGUGAUGGCCACGCUGUUGCUUGUGGGGAGAAUAGCUGGGGAGAAUGCAAGAUUCCCUUGUUGGAGUCCAUCGAGCCUUCAUGGCAUGAUCUCUUCACGUUAUUUGCAUGCACUCGUCCUCCGCUCUUGGGCCGACUGACUCUGAUCUCUGCGAAUCCAUUGGCAGCUUUGGAUGAACUCAGUGAAGUCCUGUCAACGGAGAGCACAGAUGCCACCGACGUCGAGGUAGAAGCAGCUCAUGCCAGAGUGCGCAGAAGAUGCAGGACUUGCAAUUUUUAGAGUGAACCGCAGGCGGACUUGCAAUUCGGUGAACCGUGGGGUCGCGUCUGGGCUCACGUCUAAUCUACUGUUCUGUUCCAAUCGGUGCGGUAGGUGGUUUCAAUGUCGGGCUUCCGUCCGGCAUUGUGUGAUAUGUUGAGAGAACAGUGUGAUGUCCUCCUUUGAUGAGUGAUAGAUUUCAUAGCGUGUUGCCACAACGAAAAGCGAUGGCUUUCGGCUGUUUGCAGACUUAUUGUACUGAAGGAUGGGCAUGAAAUUCCAAAGACCAGGCCAUGAUUGACCGAACCAGUGUAAGACAUCCAACAGCAAACACGGGACGUCCAAAAUGGACGUCCACCGUCCAAUUCGCUCGAUGAUCGGGCGCGCCUCGAUGCACUCGAUGUUUCCAUUUUGGAUCCACCGCGGAUCCCGCGGUCCCACUGUACGCUAGUCCCGGAGGUUCGGGCCCGAAAAAAAGGUUCCAGCCAGCCAUCUCGCGUUCGGGAAGGCGCUUUUCCGGAAGCGCAUGGGUUGGUUUGGGAUGCCUGAAGGAGAAGAAGUGGAACGUUCAGGAUGAGGAUGUAGAACUCUUGCCGCUUUUUCAUUCCGGGGCAGAA